CCGCCAAACUCUGAGUACACUUUCCCUUUCUCAUCCUCCUUUUUUUUUAAGUCUCAUGGCGAUGCUUUCUACUCCGGAGACGGUGAUGAACAUGGACGCAUCUGCAUCUGCUUCUCCAGAGGUGGUCGUUUCCGAUCCGUCACCAUCGUCCCCCGACGGAUCGCGCUCCAGCGGCUCACCUGAUCACACCUCUUCUCCAAGCCCUAGUCGUGGUGGCGAAAACCAGUCUGAAGUCAUAUCGAGGAGUGAAGAGUAUCGGCAAUUAUUUCGGCUACCAGCUGAAGAAGUCCUUGUUCAAGAUUUCAACUGUGCUUGUCAAGAGAGUAUUCUUCUCCAGGGUCAUAUGUACCUCUUCAUUCAUUAUAUCUGCUUUUACUCUAACAUCUUUGGCUAUGAAACCAAGAAAAUUAUUCCAUUUGCGGAUAUCUCUUGUGUUAAACGUGCAAAGACUGCUGGUAUUUUUCCCAAUGCCAUUGAGAUUUUAGCUGGAGGGAAGAAGUACUUUUUUGCGUCCUUCCUUUCCCGUGAUGAAGCUUUCAAGCUUAUCCAUGAUGGAUGGGUUGAAUAUGGCCGUGCUGUCAAAUCAGAAGGCCAGAUUCAGGUUUCCAAACCACACUUGGCAAAUACACUGCUUACCGCUUCUUUAUUUAUGCUCAUCUUCCUCACCUUUACUCUUCAGGAUUCUUUUUCUGAGUCCAACAACGAUGGAGUUGUUAAUAGGCCAAUCAGUACUUUGGAUUUGGCGACUGAGCUAGAUUCCCCUUCAAGGGUUGAAACACCUCAUCUUUCAGGCAGUUCCAGUGUUCCUGUUAUUAGUCAGAAUGGCGUUUCACCUUCAUCUGUAACUCUUCAGCGGCACACAGAACCAGUUGUAGAUAGUGUGGCCUCUUCUUCAACCAAUAUCUUGAACUCGAAGCCAGAAGACUUAACUGCACCAAAAUUAUCAUCUGAUUUUACAAAGGUGGCAGAGGCAAAAUUUCCGAUUCCAGUAGAAGAGUUCUUUAGAUUGUUUUUUUCAGAUGGCGCUGUCAGUUUUGUUGAAUCUUUCCAUAAAAAUUGUGGAGAUAAAGAGUUUAGGUGUAGCUCUUGGGAACCUCAUGAAAAGCUUGGACACACUCGCAAUGUCUCGUUUCAACAUCCGAUAAAAAUAUAUUUUGGUGCAAAGUUUGGUGGCUGCCAGGAGUCACAGAAAUUUCGGAUGUACAGAGAUAGCCAUCUGGUUAUUGAAACAUCGCAAGAGAUCACCGAUGUGCCUUAUGCAGAUUACUUUACGGUCGAGGGGCUCUGGGAUGUGAAAAGAGAUUGUAGAGACUCGAUAGAAGGUUCUAUACUGGAUGUGUAUGUCAAUGUGGCCUUCUCUAAGAGAACAGUGUGGAAAGGAAAAAUAGUACAGUCAACUUUGGAAGAGUGUAGAGAGGCUUAUGCAGCAUGGAUAAGAAUGGCACAUGAACUGUUGAAACAGAAGAAGCUGGAGAACCAAGAAGGUAUCAAGUUGAGUGAGGAUGGUGCGGUGCUAUCAGCAAGCGAAGAAAGAGUAUCUGAAUGUGAAGAGCAGAGGGUGGAGAUAGCGGGAGUAAGAGGAGGAGGGAUAGUGAAUAUUUUAAGGGAAUUAUUGGUGAAUGGGACAUCAUUUGUGAAGAGGCAAAGCGGGACAAGGCAUGCUUUAGUAAUAGCGUUUGCAGUGAUCCUUCUAAUGCAGGUGACGAUAGUUGUGCUUCUGAAGAGAGGACCGGAGCAAGUGCAAAUGGGAAGUGAAUACUACAGCAGCUACGACAAGAGUGGAAUCGGGGAGAGUGUUGGAUGGUUGGAGAAGAGAAUGCAUUUCUUGAGGGAGGAGAUGAUAAUGGUUGAGGAAAGGUUGCAGAGGAUGCGACAAGACCACGCUGCCUUGAAGGCUCAGCUCCACCAACUGGAACGCCUCCUUCUCCGCCACCAACAAUGAGAUAAUAUACAGAUACGACUCUUUCUGCAGGCGGAUUUGUAUGUAUAUGUCUGUAUGUAUCAUGUAUUAAGCAUUGUAUUUUCGGAUGUUAGUUUGCAAAGUUACACCCACGGAUAUUAUGGAUCAGUGUUGUAAGUAUUUGACAAAUUGUUUGCUUCUCAACUGCAAAUCUUUUUAUAUUGCUGACUUUUAUAUUUGCAAAUAUUUU